UACCAUAGGCUCAGGCCGAGCCCCCUGGGGUCAUCUCCACAGGGAACCAGACCAGAAGAAGGCAGCAGCCCAGCCCCAGCCUGCAGCUCAGCCCCAGCCCACAGCCCAGCCCACAGGAGGGGAGGGCAGAGGAAGAGGAAGAAUGAGAGAGGGAGCUCAUCCUGAAGCUGACCUCCUAGGCGGGGAAAGGCUAGUGCAAAGUGUACGAUGGGCUCCAACCAGGGCUCCCUCUAGCUCCCCCUCUGGAUGGUAAUUUGACACUUGCAUCUCCAGGACGACCAAAAACAAAAAAGCUGGGGCUGGGACAGUAGCUGGCUGUCAGGAGCUGGUGCUGAGGAGAGGUGCCCAGGGGAGCAGCAGCAGGACUGGAAAGCAGCGUCCACGAAGGAAGUACAAGGUGGUGGCCAAGGGCCUGGGAAGGCAGAAGAGGCUCUGCAGUGGGACACCCCUUCUUGGCCCCCCAAUACCUCUGUUUCCAGCGCUGGAGCUCUGGCAGAAACGCACAGCAUGGUGACCGAAGACUUUGUUCGGGAGAUGCACUCUGUGGGUGAGAGGCUGCUGAUGAAGCUUCGAGGGCUGUCUCAGGCUGAGCCUGUGGAGCUUGUGGCCUUCUCCAUCAUCAUCCUUUUCGCAGCCACUGUUCUGUUGCUGUUGCUGAUAGCCUGCAGCUGCUGCUGCGUGCACUGCUGCUGCCCUGAACAGAGAGGCAGGAAGGUCCAGGUGCGGCCCAUGACCUCGCCAUGAGGGACAGUGGAGAAACCAGAAGAGAAGCUGGAGAGGUGACUGCCAGAGCCAUAACAUAGGCUGUCAGCCUGAGCCUGCGGUUCUUACCUCUGCGGACAAGGACACCCUGGCUUCAGCUCUGGUCCUGUCCAGGUGCCAGGACACUGAUGCAUGAAGCUUAUCAAGAAAACAAGGGCUGGCACAGGCACAAAACCUUAUCUGCCAGUGGACACUGGAUGCUGAGGACAAGCCGACUGUUUCAGAAUCAGUAAGCCUCCUGAACUUUUUAUAAAACAAGGACACAUGGGUCUUCAUUCUUUGAUGGGGAACGGCCCACAUGUGUGGGCAGCUAGUCCUGCUGAUCCAUGCCAGAGAGGAGUGAGGCAAUCAGAGGGAUUUUGUACAACGGCUACAGGAUCCCAGGCUCCCAACCGGGGGAACAUGUCAGCAUUCUAGCCCAGUACUUGCCUGUUUAUUCUAGCCCAGUACUUGCUCCCCGACCGGGGGAACAUGUCAGCAUUCUAGCCCAGUACUUGCUUUUAUUAACUGAAAGCUUUUUUUAGUUAUGUGUUUCUCAGGUUGGGCUGGGCUCUAUGCAACAGGAAGGCAGUGCCAGAAUUUUAGGGGUGUGACCCGUGACUGUUCUUUAUAGGUCACAGCUCUCCCUGUGGCCAUGAAGGCUGGAAAAUCACAGAGAGGAAUGCCAUGCAGGUGGCGAUGCUAUGAAACCAAUGGAGGAACAUGGAAACAUUCCUGUCAUGCAUAGUUAUUAACAAGCACUGGCUGCUGGAUCCCCACUCUGCUGAGUGAGGGAAGCUGUUUGCCCCAGGGCAGGCACUAGGCCAAGGAACACCACAGCCCGUAACUUCUACCUGCAUACCCCAUAUGAGCAGGCUCAGGCCACUGGAUCUUCCCAAACUUCUGGAGCCAGAGAAGAAAAGUUAGCUCCUAGUAUGAUCUAAAACUUGCAUCCUACACCUUUGGUCCUGUCCCCAUUUGUAUGAUGAUGGGGCUCAUUCAUACCUACUUCUGUCACUUACCAGCUACAUGCACUCAACCUCCCUGAGUCAGGUCUCUUCCCUAGUGAAAUGGGCUAAUCCUGGUACUUGCUUCCUGGGGUAUCUUGUGAGGAUACACUAAGAUGACCUACGUCUAGCAGUUAGCACAGUGCCGGACAUGUCCUAAGAGGUCCAUAAACAUGAACUGUCAUUAUUUGCCCCUUUAACAAUGGAUCAAGCUGGGGAGAUAGCUCAGUGACAGAAGCGCCUGCCUGGCAAGCACAAGGUCCUGAGUUCGUUCCCAGUACAAAAAAAAACAAAAAAGAAUGGAUCAACCCAGAGCAUGAUGGACCCAUUUUAAAGAAUGUUACUACUAAAAUGAAACCUCCUUCUGGCCUCCCACCCUUCAGUUUUCUUCCCUAGAGGCAGAGCUACAAGCUCAGAAAUGGGGGGAGGGAGUGGAGGCACACAUAUGUGAGGCUCUAUACAUGCCACUGGGGCUGGGACACAGCAUUCUAUUACGCCUCCUUUCUAACUGUCCAGAGCCAUCAUACCAGGAUCUAUAACUUUUCACAUGCUUCUGCCAUCUGAGUCUGAGCAGCACACAUUCUAGUUUUCUGAGAGCACAACCACGUCUGCCCAGAAAACAGGAUAUGGAGAGAGGAUGACAGGCCCUGCCAUCUUCAGUUGGCAAUCUAGGCCAUGCAGGCAGGGACAAGCAGGCAAGAGUUCUACUUCCUGGUGUUCAUAGACUUACUCUCCUGACAGGUUUGGACAGAAGACUCAGAAAGGAAGUGUUCCCAUACAAAAAAAAAGAAGCCGAAGAACUACCUGUCCUCAGCCCCACCCAAAGAAUGGGCUCUAGAAUAAUAAAAACAACAACAAUGACAAUGAUGAUAAAGACAGCUAAAAUUCACUGAGGGCCUGCACAUGCCUAGGCAUUAUCUUAAGCAUUUUCAUGCAGACAAAUUCAUUUAAUCAUCACAAUACCUCCCUGCUGUAGGGAGGUAUUAUCCUCACUUAGACAAGAGGAUAUUAAAUCUUAGUGACACUAGGUGAUUUGUCCAAGUUUGGCCAGCUUAAAAGUGGCACAGCCAGUCUCUGGGUCCAGUCUUUCUGGCUCCAGAGCCCUUGUUCACCACACCCACUGCCCUGCUGCUUCCCAGGUGCACGACAGAUAAGGCUCUGAUUCCAUUAUCCUCCAUCAACAAACCCUACAUCCAAACACACACACCAAAACUCUGUCCCAAACUGCCUCCAACAGGUAGGAGCUGGAGUGGCGCCCAACUAGGUGUCAGAAGAAAAGGCCAGGCAUAGUGGGAGGGACAGGAAGACCUGCAUUUUCACACCCGGCACCACUGGCUAGAGGUAGAAGCCCUUAGCUCAGGUGCUGCUCUAACAGGGAUCCAGCCCAGUUCCCUCCUGGCUCUUCCUCAAGCAAGGCUUCAUCAGCAUCAAGACUGGCCCUCCACGGAAGGCCUGGUAGGCACACCUGUGAUCACAGCACUUGGGAGGCUAAGGCAGGGAAAUAAGGCCAGCUUGGGCUACAUAUAUAGCAAGACCCUCUCUCAAAAACUGCCAUCUGAGUCCUCACAGCACACAUUCUAGUUUUCUGAGAGCACAACCAUGUUUGCCCAGAAAACAGGACACGGAGAGAGGAUACCAGGCCCUGCCAUCUUCAGUUGGCAAUCUAGGCCAUGCAGGCAGGGACAAGCAGGCAAGAGAAGCUCUCACUGGUUGUUUCUACUUCCUGAUGUUCAUAGACUCUCCUGACGGGUUUGGAUGGAAGACUCAGAAAAGAAGUGUUCCCAUACAAAAAAAAGAAGCCCAAGAACUACCUGUCCUCAGCCGCACCCAAAGUCCAGCUGCUGAGAGGUGGGCACUAUGGACAGCCCUGGGCACACAUAGGCUAACUAACUAACCAUUUGCACCUUUCUGUUGCAUGGCAGGGAGUACAUAACUGCCAGGCCCAAAUAAGCUGUCCCUGCCCACAGCACACUUGCUCCUCCCUGCUCUACAGCCUCACCACCACUGUCGGGCCAAGUCCCACACAGACAUCCAGCCUGCUCAGAUGAACAGAUACUCUGGCCCGACAGCAGCCAGGCACAUUCUCUGGAUGUACAGCCUCUAGGGUGGGUCUUCCCUGAGGAAGAUGGACUAGAAAAGGAGGCAGCUAUCACCUACUGUGGUAAAAAUAAACAGAAGGGUACUGUGGGCCUCGGAUACUUGAAGAUUGCUAAUGGCCAAAGAAUGGGCAGCCAUUAGGCUGCAUCAGGCCUGGAAAACAUCCAACUGACUCUGGACACCAUUUCUGGAACUACCCCACACCAUCCUAGACCAAGCUGCCAGCAGUGUUUGCAGGACACACGGCAUGCAGCCUAAGCGCUCUCCACAGUGGUCUUGCCAGCCUUCUCACACCACCUCCCCUGUGGCCUCUGCUGCACCAGUGUCUGCUCUCAGUUCUGCAAAAGGGCUGCCCUCUACACUGAAGAUCUAUGUGUUUUAAUGUCUGCACAUUAUACCUACAAUAAAGCCACUGAGACAAGAAUCUCAUUAGGAAAAUCUGA